GCUAUUAUCUAUUGGAAUAUACGUUCGACCAAUCAGUGACGUGCGAUCGUGCGAUCGAUUGUCGCGCUACACGUAUAGAUGGCGUUUCAUACGCAUGAGGUAAAUGACGCCUCUGUGUCUGGGAUAAAGAAGCAUUGAGGUAACAUGGCUCUCGUUCUUUGAAGCGAUACGACUAAACACGUGCGUCGAGGUUCGUAAACAUUUUAACAGCAUAUCUUUAAUUAACUAUGUUUAUAACUUUACUUCAUGUAUUUUCCUUCUUUCGAAAGUACGCGUAUGAUAGUUAUUGUACCAAAAAAGAAAAUAAUAUGAAUACGUCACCUGCUGUUGUACGGGAUAAAAUCUAUGACUUAAUAGAUCCCGAUACGCUUCUAAAUUAUUACGAGGAAAAAAGAAUAAGAUUUUCUCCACCAGCUUCCAUACAAAGAUAUUAUGCAGCAGUCGAUAUACUUUCCAGCGAUAAAUACGAAGGCCAGAUACGAAAGAUUGUAGAUUUUGGCUGUGCAAAUCUUAACUUUUUGGUUCAUCUGAAAAGUAUCCCAGAUGUAGACGAAGUAUUAUGCGUAGACAUUGAUAGAACUGUUCUCGAUAUUAACAAAGGCAAAGCCAGACCAUUAGUUUGUGAUUUCUUACAUUGUCGGCAAAAACCAUUCGCAAUACAUGUUUACGAAGGGAGCGUUACAGACCAUGAUACAAAAUUGGAGAAAACCGAUGCUGUGACUUGCAUAGAAUUGAUUGAACAUUUGUAUCCAGACGCAUUAACGGAUCUUCCAUUUAAUAUCUUUGGUUAUAUCAAACCAAGGAUAGUUAUUAUAACAACGCCAAAUGUAGAAUUUAAUGUAUUAUUUUCUUAUCCCGGAUUCCGGCAUCUAGAUCACAAAUUCGAAUGGACUAGGGAACAAUUCCAAGAUUGGGGACGUAAUAUUGUUCUAAGAUAUCCAGAUUAUCAAGUGACAUUCCAUGGCAUUUGUGAUGGGCCAGAAGGUACGGAGCAUUUAGGUGCUUGCACUCAAAUGGCUGUUUUUUGUCUUAAGAGUGAAAAGAGCGGUUCGGAAUUGUUAGGUACUGAUAAUUUAUUUAAGCUCGUAUCUUCGCAUAGCUUCCCAUAUAGAGUUGAUGCCCGUUCGGACGAACAGAAGAUUUUGGAUGAUGUUACGUAUCAUGUCAACCAAGCUAUGACUUUUGAUAAUUUAAAAGGAGAAUUGUCGCUUGAAUCUUUGGUAACGUUAUUGAGUAAAUUUAAAGUUACAAUGGCAUCAUUGAGAAUAAUUUUGGAAGAAGCAGGAUGGCCCAUUGUUGAUCACGGAGAAGGUCCCGUUACAUAUAUUCCAGAGCAAUCAAUUAUCGCAGAAGUUGAUGACGGUAGAUUGAAUGAACGAUACGAAAUCGGACGUUAUUUCGAGGGAUAUACAGAGGAACCCUGGCAGUCUGAUAGCUGGGAUGAAGAACGGAGUGAUAGUAGUGACUCUACCAUAGAUUUUAGCGAUACUUUUCUGUUUGAUGUUGAACAUGAAUCACCAGAUGUUAAUAAUCUUUCUGAUAGCAUAAACGUUCACGAAUCUUCCGUUGAUUCAAUUCCAAAUAAUUCCAUUUUACAAAAUGAUGAUGCUGCGUCAUCGCUUGAAAUGAAAUCCUGUAUGUUAUCCGAUAGCGAUACAACCACUAAUGCGAACACACAUAAUGACGAUAAUACGUUUAUAAAACCCGCUGAAGGACUAAAUGAGACAUUAGAUUUUUACCAUUCUACGUCUGUAUUAUCCUCUUCGAUAUCGCCUCAACCGCUAUUAAUUCAUUUGGAUCAAUUGAACAGUUCCUAUUGCGAUGACACAGUUACAGAUAAAAACGUGUCACAUUCGUCAUUGCUGAAUAACACUUUUCAUUCGUUAGACACACUGAGAGAUGAAUCUGUUAAUUUGGAAGAAGCAACUGCUUCUUAUUGUAUGCAUUUCGAUACAUCUUUGAAUGGAAAAGUAUCAUCGUGCACAGAAUGCACAAAUUAUUUUCAAAAUGAAAUUGAUGAGUGUAAUGAAACGAGUAUUGCAGAACUUGAGCAAGUAAAUGCAGAGGAAAAAAAGAUUUAUUAUGAAGAUCAUUUUGUUCCAGAGGAUUGUGUAGCUGCAUCAAGUACAAAUCAACCGCAAUACACAAGUUCUCCACGAAGUAUUGCAAAAGCUAAUAAAGAAACAAAUUGUAAUCGCAAAUCGUUAAGGCUUGAAAAUAUAAGCAACGAAGAUAGUGAUCUUACAUUACAAUCUGAGGAAAUAGAAAAUGUAAAUAAUAUUCAAUUUGAAACAUGUUUAAUAAAAACUGUUAUUGGAUGUAAGAAUUAUCCAAACAAUUUCAGUCCAAAGUCUAUAAAAUGUUCAGAUAGAAAGCCUAAUUCUCCAGAGUCUUUAGAGACUCCUCCAAAUAGCUGGUCACCAGAGAUUAUAGAUUCUGGCUAUCCAAAUUCUGCAUCAGCACCGGAUAUGACACCGGAGUAUGAUCUAUCUAGUAUAGCACACGAUCGGAUACCUGAUUCAGAAUCACCAAGUGUAGCGGAAGCACCACAGUUUGAAAAUCUAGAACCAGUGGUGAUAGAAAAUGGCGAUCUCGCAAAUAAUAAUAGGGAUAACGAAGGAAAUAAUAUGAUGGCUGUUGCUGAUAAUGAUAUCGAAAAUCUGCAACCGUUCAUUAAUGUUUUGGAAAACGAUCUUGAGAAUGAAAACGAUAUUUAUGUCGUUGAAAAUGGCUUUCCUGUAUGGCUAUUGAGAAUAUUAGAAAUGGCUAAUCCAAUGGAUGUUGACGGACAUAUUUUAAGAGAUCCCAGAGAAUUGGUCCCCUUUGAUCUUAUAGAAGGCGGCGCGGAAUAUUUGGGCAUUGAUCGCGAUGAAGGCUUUGAUAGCAAUUCCUCCGUAGAAGAUAGCGAUCAAAAUAAUGACGAAAUAUCAAGUAAUUUUACGGAUGCGAAUAAUAUUGAUAAUAAUAACGAAGUAAUACAUGACACAGAUAGCGAGGACGGUAACAAUUUCGAAGACAUCGUUUCCGUACAUUAUUCUUCUAAUAGUAAUGCUGACAGUGAUGAAUGGGUAAAAAGAAAUACGUGAUACUAUCGAGGAAGAAAAUUCUGACAUAUCAUCAUCGUCAUUCAUCGCUGCCUAUAUAAUUCUUCGAAUUUGAGCUAUAAAAUUAAGAAUAUUAAUAAUUUUGAUACAUUUAUAUUUCAUUUAAUUUUUUUUAUCUAAUUAUUAUUAUUAUUUUUCUUUUUUUCUUUUUUAUCUAAGUUUAUUAACAUAUCCAGUGAAGUAUACUUUUUGAUUUAAAAUGCAGUGACCCAUUUAAAACAAUCCAUAUAAGUAUGAUUAUAAGUGAUAUGACAAAAAGUUUAACAACGUAUAGUGAUCUGUUUUUUUUUUGCCCCCUGUUAAAGUAUUAAAAAAUACCAAAGUUUGCAAAAACAUACUUUUUUAUGAUACAAGAUUUUCCUCAGAUUAUUUUUUUUUUUCUCCGGUAUCUUUAUGAUAAGAGAGUAGUAGGAAAGUUAUUCCAUUAGCAUAUAUUUAAUAUUAUAUUUGUUUUGUAUUUACACAUAAGCUAAGUCCACAAUUAGUUUAGUGGAAAAAGACUCAAUGUAAGACUGAAAUCGCAUGUUUUUUAAUUUCAUUAUUGUGUGGAUAUCUUUAACAAAUAAACGAUAUAACAAUUCUAUAUAAAUAUUAUA